CCUGGCGCAUGCAAGCUUUUCCGGUUGCAGUCGUACUUCUACGUCCACUUUUAUCCCCAACCUUACGGUUGGCGGCUCAGAUUCACGGCCUGCUAGUCGUCGAGACGACACUUUCGACUCGACAUGUCUCCACUUCUCUUUGUCACCUGAGGCUGCUGGGCACCGGCAGACUACAACCUCGUUGCCAACCAGUCGAGCCAGUGGGGCACAAUUAUCGACUUCCAGCAGCUCGGUAUCAUUAACCGGCCCGCCUCCGUCACUCCUCACCUCCACGUCAACCCAGCCCUUCCCGUCCCCAGCCGAAUCGCCAGUUGGCGGUGGCCUCUUCUGCCAGUCUUGUGGACAAUCGGGCUUCCUAUUUCCCGGCCAGCUUUUGAGUCACAUGAGCCAGUGUCCCAAGAUGAUUAUGCUGCUGCCCGUCGGCAACGCUCGAAAUCCGGCCACAUCAUCAGCCAAUCUGAGCAACCCUUUGGUGUCGGUUACAUCAUCUGGCUUCUCCCUUCACACCACAACUCCGCACUCCUCUUGCUCUCUUUCCGCUGCUUCUGCCUCCAACUCUUUGGCAUCGUCGUCGUCCUCCACUACCGCCUCCCAAUUUGGCGCACAAUGUCUCUUCCCGCCGGGAUGUCUCUCCUCUCAGGCAGCACACCAAUCGGCCCCAACACUACCCUCAUCGACUGGACUUUUCCCAUCUAGCUUCCUCACCUCGGCUGGGUUGAAUUCCUUCCUUUCAUCAGUUUCUUCCUCUUCUUCUUCUGCCGCUGCUGCUGCUUCUUCGUCGUCGUCGUCUUCUUCCUCUUCUUCACCUCAGACGGUCUUUCCUGUCUACUCUCAGGCCCACCUGAAUGGCAUCAGCUCGUCGUCUUUUGCCGCCUCCUGCUCAACUCCCUCCUCCAUUGGUCUCUCUUCAACAACCCUCUCCGGAGGUCAUCAUCUGGCCUCGCUUUCCGCCAUGCGCACCAUGCAAGCACCCAUUUCCUCCUUUCUCCAUUCGCCUCACGUCUCCGUCCCUUCGUCGACCUCCCUCCUGCCAAUGUCACUGCCGUCACUGCCACCCCCACCACUCGCAGUCUCGACGGCCCUUCAAUCCUCUGGCUGCCACCUGCCCGGCGGGUUACCGUUGCCAUCUCAUCUCAACCUUUCGCCUUCACACACUCCCCCGGCCCAUCACCAGCAUCAACAUCAACAGCACCAGCAGCAUCAACAGCAUCAGCAUCAGACCCAUCUACACACUCUGCAUCAGGUCGGUCAGACCCUGACGAGUGUACAUUCGCAUCACUUUCCGCCUCAGCUGCAGCAUCAUCAAGCCCCUCUGAAGGGCACCUCCUCAUCGUCUACAUCACUUCUUCUAUCGCACGGUUCAUCUUGUUCAGGCAAAAUGAAAUCGCCUUCCAGCGGCAACCCACUCAAAGCCCUCCAUCCGACCGGCCUUCACGAGGCUGGCUUGAUCAACAGCAACAGCAACAAUAACAACAUCUCGGCCGAUAUGACGAGUCCCGCCCAUCCUCCGUCACUACAUCCACCUAUCCUUGAUCCAAACGACUUGAAUGCCCCACCGCCUGACCUGUCGCGACCAUUUCGUUGUUGUCAUUGUGUCAAGUCGUUCAAGUCGAAAGCGCUACUUGACCAACACAUGCACAUUCACUAUCCUCCCAAAUACACAUGUCGAUAUUGUGCCAAGAAGUAUCGUUGGCCACCGGUUUUCUACCAUCACCAGCGCACCUGCAAAAAACGUCCACCUACUGCUACCGUCACGACAGCCGGUGGUGCUAGUGGAGGGAGCAUGUUGGGCGGUAUCAACACACUGACAACUUCGGUGUCCGGAGGUCCAUCGUCUGUAUCCACACCGAUGCACCACACCUCGUCACAGCAUGACGUCAUCUUGCAUCUUGACAGCCUGACAAACAGUCACCUUCAUCAUCAAACUCAUUCCACCCCUCUU